AUGGCGGGCGCUCCAGCGCUUUUCCUCAACCGCCAUUCUUCUGCUGGCAGUGUCGUAUUUGGAAGCCUUGCUCCUUGCCAACUGGAGCUCAUGUUUGUUCUGCCUCGUCCAUGUCCAUGCAUCCACGUUGCGAGACGUUAUGCUAACCCCUCGUUCAUCGUUGCAGAUUUCUGGUCAUGGUUUCCAAUUGGGCCCGCCGGCUUCCGAACUCUACUCAUCUUCUCUUGCGGACUGUCAAUCCUCAUCCUUCGGAUCGCACAUUAUCAUGUCGGACUGAAAACGACCGAAUCUGGGUUGCAGGCUCUCGGCUCGUCUCUGCUUAGCCCCCCAACCUACGAGACGGCUUUAUGGUACAGCAUCUCGAGCUUCCUCUUCUGCUCCAUCUUUUUGUUCUCAAUGUCGGAAUCUUCCAAUCUGCACUGGAUCACCUACCUUAGUGGCACCCGGGCACGACUGAACGAGAGGCCAUUGUUUCUUGCUUCUUACUUGGGCGUCUGUGCUCUUUUUCAAACCAUCACUCACUACAAAACUGAUAUUGACCGCCUGAAUUUUGACAUCUCCAAGCACCAGACUAGAGUACAGCAAAAGGCGCUAGGCGUUUUGCCGCGGUCUUUUCAAAUCGUGCUGCUACAGCUUCCUGGCGCCCUUGCGCAAUCCGCACAGCAAGCCGUCUCUGCUCUACUCGCGAGUCUUUUUAUAUACUACUUCAUUCUGCGAUCCUCUGCCUGGGGCUGGGCUUUGACCUUCCUUCGCCCAUUUUACAGUCUCCCUAAAACCAAUAUUGUCCCCGCUACCUGGCCGACCGACAUAUACUUGUUAGUACGUUGCAUUUAUGCUGGGACACUGAUGCAGUUUGUGUGGGCGGCGGGAAACACAGCUUUUUCCGUGUUCAUGGUCAGAGAGCCCCUGAAAAAUGGAAACCCUUUGACAUCAGAAUCAAAGGAUCCAAAUGGCAGUCUCCUUAACGGACUCAAGAGCAAGAAGCUCUCUAUCAAGUCUUUUGCCAUGUGGGAGCUUGCUCUCAUUGCUCGAGAUUUUGAGGUUCGGCGACAGGCUAUUUUUUGUGAUAUUGACCGCAAAGAUGGCCCCAUGUGGUCACAAGUCUAUUCAAUCUGCAUGGAACUUCUGAAGCAAAUUGAAACUCGUGUUGAUGAGUAUGGGAAACCACCGCCAUCGGCUUUCGCACAACCCAAUCCGGUCGUCGAGACAAAGCAGCGUACAACAGCUCCGGUUCGACGGGAAGCCAUCUUCACUAAGAAGGGCGAGACGCCUCGACUUCUUGGCGGGGUGGAAAAGGCCUUGGACCAAAUUGCCAGAACCCCUGGCUCAUCUCCAGUGUCCGAACUCAGCCCCUUGGCCAAGAAGACGUGGAAGGAUGCCAAGGACAGAAUGCUCACCAGGGAACAGCAGGAAGCGCUGUCUCCCGAGCAUCUGCGAAGCGAAUUUGGCAACUGGACGACUAGUCUUUUGAGAAUUGGGUACAUUGGCCGUCUGUUCCGUCACGAUUUCCGCACUCGGAUUGCCGGCGUCGUCCUGGGUACGCCAUACGCUGAGCCAACUCUGUACACCAACGCUUCCCAGGCUCUUUGUCUGUUGGCAGUCCACAGCCUUGCUGAAGACCAAUUUGGAAACGUUCACAGAGAUGUUCCCAGCAUCAUCCGCACUCUGACUGCUGUCAUACGGAAGGUUGAAGGCCUAUAUCAACGCUUUCCAUUGCACUGGACUGAUCCGAGUGGUACCAAGGAGUCACCAGAGGUGGACGAGAUCCUAGAUGCUCUAAGGACCGGCUUGGAACAGGUCGUGGCUCAAUUUGAGCCAUACAGCAGCGAUCUAAGACUAUCCCUAGGAGAUGUUCGCUUAGCCAAGGAAGCUAUUGUGAAGCCUGAGAGGGAGGCUCCCGCUCCAAAGGAAAAGGAACUAGUGGUAAAGCCAAAGACUAUUGAUGAGAAGAAUGUAGAGCCGUCAAGGAACCGGCGGGAGUUUAAACCACAAAUGGAACAAGCACGGUGA